AAAUUAAAAGGCUCUGUGUUUUUUAGUUUGACACCAGCAAGAUUUUAAAAUCGUUGGAUAAGAGUAAGACCUCUUCUUAUUAGUUAUUACACACCAACUUCUCAGAUUUCUUGUGGUUUCGAUUCUUUUUAGGGUUUCAAAAAUUUCACUCAGGUGUUACUUUGAAACCCUAAUUUUUGGAAAGUUGGGGUUUUUUUUAAGUGCUGAAGUGAUGGGUGAUGAAGAGGGAACGAGCAAUGGUGGUGGUACAGAAGGCACUGAAGGGUUUCACUACUUGAAAAGUGAAGCAAUGAAUAAUGGGAUUUCAAUUGGUAUUGGGAAUGAUGGUGGUGAGUGUAGCUCCGGUGGGAGUGAGGGUUUACGAACUUACAAGAGGCGGAGGCAUGGGAGGUCGAGUGCAGAUAGCAAAGAUCGGGAUGAUGAGAGAGUUUGUGUGGAAGCUGCAAGUCAUUUAGCAGCACAGACUGUAAAGGAACGUUGUGGCAUGGUUAAAGGCAGUAAUUCUAGUGAGCAAGUCUGUCCUCCUAUGAAUGGCUCAGAUGAUUGUUCACAGAGGCACUGUAGAAAUGUUGUAUUGGAACAGAUAUAUCAGUCAUUAAGUGAUGAUGAAGGUGGUAUACAGAGGUGCAUUCGGGAGGCGCUUGUAACUAAUCGUGAAAUUGAUUGUAUGAUGACAGAAUCUGACCUUUGUAAUGAAGAUAGGUGCAAAUAUUCACAAACUGGGUGGAUAUCUGAUGGAUCUCAGAAAGCAGCUAAUGGCCAUCCUGGCAUUAUAUCUAGUGGAUAUAUAAACGAAACAGAUCAUUAUACUAUAACCGGGAAGUGUCAGCAAGCUUUUUUGAAUGUUUUAAUUUCAGACAAGUUCAGCACACUCUGCAAGCUAAUAUUUGAGAAUUUCCAAGGCAUCAAAGCUGACCUUUUUGACUUAAGUACCAUAAACACGAGAAUGAAAGAGGGAGCUUAUGAACGUUCACCUAUGCUUUUCUCUUCAGAUAUCCAACAGGUAUGGAGAAAGCUACAAGGGGUUGGAACUGAAAUUGUUUCUCUUGCAAAGAGCCUCUCAGACAUGUCAAGGACUUCCUAUCAUGAACAGGUGGGAGGAUUGGUACACAGCACAUAUGAAGAUGGAAAACAUGAGUUUUUCCCCCGGGAAUCUGACUCACACACUAAACCGGAGCAAACAGAAGAUUGUGGUGUGUACAAAGUUUGCACUUGCAGGCGUUGCGGAGGUAAGGCAGAUGGAAGGAAUUGUUUAGUAUGUGAUUCGUGUGAGGAGAUGUACCAUAUGUCCUGCAUUGAGCCUGCUGUGAUCGAGAUUCCCCACAGAAGCUGGUAUUGUGCCGGUUGCACUGCUAGGGGUUUCGGAUCACCCCAUGAAGAUUGUGUGGUGUGUGAGAGGUUGAAUGCCCCCAAGACCCCAAGUAAUGGAGAUGAUGAUGGAAUUUCACCUACAAAUGAAGAAACGCCCAUUGAAUUGGAAGAGAAUUCAAAUUGUAGUAUUGAUGAUGGGCUUCAACUAUCAAAAAGUGGCAAAAACUUUGACCCCUGUAAAAUUUGUGGAAGCAAGAUAGUGGAUGGUGAAAAGUUGAAGACUUGUAGCCACUCCGAAUGUCCAAAUAAAUACUACCAUUCGAGGUGCCUGACAAAUAAGCAAUUAAAAUCAUAUGGUCCCUGUUGGUACUGCCCAUCUUGUCUGUGCAGAGUUUGCCUCAUGGAUCAGGAUGAUGAAAAGAUUGUUUUAUGUGAUGGGUGUGAUCAUGCAUAUCACAUCUAUUGCAUGAAACCACCGCGCACAAUGAUUCCCAAAGGGAAAUGGUUUUGCAGAAAAUGUGAUAUAGGGAUCCAGGCAAUACGAAAGGCAAAAAGAGCAUAUGAGACUUUAGAGAAGAAACAGAAAGAGAGAAGGGAUGGGAGUUUAAGGGCAUUUGAAAACCUUGGAAAGAAAUGGAAUUGUAAACGCGAAGAGGGAUCAGAAAAAAUGGACAUGCUUCUAACUGCAGCCCACACUCUAAACUAUGAAGAGAAAUUGGCUGCUGUUCAGACGGACUUACCAAAAGGAUGACAUUUUCUGCAGAGGACAACAUUUGAAUUUAAUGGUUUGGUCAAGUAGUGUUUUUGAUUUUGUACUUGUAUCCCCCAAUGCCAAAAAUAUUAUUUUUGCCACACUGUUUACAUAUUUUGGUAGGUUGUAAACGGAUAGACUUCGCUGACUUUUGGAAACAUAACUUGGGGAAGAUAUGAUUCUUAAGGUUGUAUAUUGCUAGUCAGCAGCUCCAGAAACUAUUAUAUGUAGCCUUGACCCUGCUAAAGUGAACAAGAUUAUGACACCAGUUUAGUUGGAGAGUUUUGAGAGGCUCUGUUAAAUUUGCUGCUCUGUACUUCAGUAAAUAUUUUUGAGGGGAUAUUGGAAGCUAAUGUUUCUCAGUUUUGUUGUAAAAUGAAUUGUCCAAAGAACAGUUCAUGAUAUCUGAAGUAAAGGAUACUGUUCUUUUGUGUUGUAUUUUCAUUCUUCAGUAUACAUUUGGAUAUUGCUAAUGAUUUCUGAAGUAAAUGAUACUGUUCUUCUGUGCUGUAUUUUCAUUCUUCAGUAUAAAUUUGGAUAUUGCACAU